AGCAACGCAGUUGAAAUGGCGACGGUGGCUACUCGCAGAUUGCGGGAGCUGCUGAUGCGGCGACUGACCGCUUCCACCCCACCCAGGCCUGGGCCUCAGCCUCAGCCCUCGCCCCAUGAGCGCCUCUCUGCACAAUAUGACGCCUCCAGAGCAUCUGCCAGUGAGGCCCCGGAGCACAGCUAUGAGUCUCUUCGGGUGACCUCUGUACAGAGACACCUUCUGCAUGUGCAGCUCAACCGGCCAGAGAAGAGGAAUGCCAUGAACAAGGCCUUCUGGAGCGAGAUGGUGGAGUGUUUCAACAAGAUUGCACAAGAUGCCGACUGUCGAGCUGUGGUGAUCUCUGGUGCAGGAAAAAUGUUUACUUCAGGCAUCGAUCUCGUGGACAUGGCUUCAGUGUUACAGAAGCCCAAGGGAGACGACGUGGCCCGCACCAGCUGGCACCUGCGUGACCUCAUCUCCAGAUACCAGGAGACCUUCAGCGUCAUUGAGAAGUGUCCCAAGCCCGUGAUCGCUGCCAUCCAUGGGGGCUGCAUCGGUGAAGGUGUGGACCUCAUCAGUGCCUGUGACAUCCGGUACUGCACCCACGAUGCUUACUUCCAGGUGAAGGAGGUGGACAUUGGUUUGGCAGCGGAUGUGGGAACGCUGCAGCGACUUCCGCGGAUCAUCGGGAACCAGAGCCUGGUCAACGAGCUGGCCUUCACCGCCCGCAAGAUGAUGGCCGACGAGGCCCUGGACAGCGGCCUGGUCAGCCAGGUAUUCACAGACCAGGAGACUUUGCUCGAUGCGGCCUUCGCCCUGGCAGCCGAGAUUUCCAGCAAGAGCCCAGUGGCGGUGCAGGGCACUAAAGUCAACCUGGUGUACUCCCGCGACCAUUCGGUGGCCGAGGGCCUCAAUUUUAUGAGGUCCUGGAACAUGAGCAUGCUGCAAACCGAGAACAUCAUGAAGUCUGUGCAGGCCCUGAUGGAGAAGAAGGAACUGAAAAGCGUCAGCUUCUCCAAGCUCUGAGAGCCCGCGCGCCCCAGGGCCCCAGGCGCCGGCCCCGCGUCCGGCCUUGCCCCGCCUGGUGCCUGUGUUGCUGCCUCCACAGAGAGGGAGGUUUGCAAAGCUGGUGGCCUCGGUGCCUUCUCCAAGUUUAUGAGUUUAUGACACUGAUUUCUUCAAGCACGAGGCCUUAUCUUUUCCCCACUAAUAAAACGAUGUAAAGAAUCUUGUGACCUUACGGGGGGCGGGGGCGGCAAAGAUCACCAAAGACCAGUACUGGUCUGGGGGCCUAGGUGGGCAGAUCAGGAGGGAGUCCUGGGAGCCGGGAGGAGUCAGGGAGGGCUCUCCACGAGAGGUGGCUACAGAGCUGGGGUGUUGGCUUGGAACCGAUGGUUAUAGCACAUGCGGGGCCACCUGAGUUCAAAUCCCAGCUUUUUCACUUACCAACUGUGUGAUGCUGGGAAAGCUUCUAUGCCUCUCUGUGCUUUAGUUCCUCUCUAGUUCUCUAAUAGGGCUGCUUUCUGUAGGAAUUGAGUUUUCUGUAGGAAUUGAGUUUUUUAAAACUCUUACAUUGUUAACAACUGAAGUCAGUUGGCAUUUAUCAGAUGAACAAAUUCCACCAGGGAAAGUUCCAAACAACCUCUAGGCAAGGAAAAAAGCCACCAUUCAGUCAAAAAACUUGUAGGUCAACUAGGGUUUCUUUAUUUCAACAGAUCAAGGGGGCAAAAUGAAUUUCCCCAUUUUAUCUCCUAGCACCCAGUUCCAUUCCCUAUUACAAAUGUUUUGAGUCUCCUUCCUAAGGUAUUCCAUGCAUAUAUCUUAUUUCCCAUACAGCCUUGUUAACCAUCUUUUUGUAUCCCUAGUGAUCCCUAGUGAUCAUAUUAAAAGUCCGUCUUAAAA